AUGGGAGCUCAAUAUCGAUUUGAGGCGGAAUCGGCCUUGUCGCUGUACUACGCUGCCAAGAGCCUCAUCGAUAUCAAACUCAGCAAGGUUUGCGCAGCCGUAGUAGAGGCUGCCCAUAACUCGACAAUACAAGCAAAGCCAACUCAUGAAGCCGUUGCUAGCAUUAUGAACUCAGGGAGGUCUAUAAAUCAACUGCCGCUGGAAAUCGAAACAAUCCAGGCCAUGAUUAUCUGCAUGUCCCUAUGCUCAUGGGAAUAUAAGAAUCUAUUACCAGAUGCCUUCAGUUUGGCAGACCAAAUUGCGUUUCAUCUGCGUCAAGGAGGAUACUUGCACGAAGACAAUGUCCUAGCGAAUGAAACGUGGGAGCAGUGGAUAUAUCGCGAAGGGCGUCGUAGGACGGUCUUCAUUGCAUUUAUCAUUUUCAAUCUGCAUACAAUCUUCUACGAGACUCCGCCGCGGCUGAUGGCUCGGGAAAUGUGGUCGAUAACGAUGCCACAGCACGAAAAUGUAUGGUGGGCAUCCACAGAGCGCGAAUGGGAAGAAAUACGGCGUCGCGAACCGCCACUGUCGAGUACUUUUGGCGAUUAUUACUUGGAACUGACCGUUCCCAAGGCGUCUCGAAACCCAGAGCAUCGCACUUCUGCUUUUGGGGGCCUGGUCUCUGUUCAUUGCUUGGUUCAGCAAAUCCACCUUACGAGAGAGACGCUUCUCCACAUUGAUGCCUACGGAGAUAUUGACAAGGUGCCAUUUUCAGAAGACGUCUACAUGAAGUUUAGACGAGCCCUUUGCCGCUGGGAUGGCAGCUGGUCGCGGAAUAGAGAGAAUACCGCGCAGCCCAUUGCUUAUAUGGCGCCGCUGGGCUUCAAUGCCACAGCAGUGUUCCGCAUUGCCUGGAUAAGGCUGAGCUUUAACAUGGCCGUAUGUCGAAACUUUAGCACCAGGGAUCCAGCUAUAAUUGCUGCUGCAUUUGCUCAGUCUCCCAUGCCUGAACGCUCGCCGCGUUUGUAUUCGGCCGUUCUCCAGAGCGCCCAUGCGCUCAGUAUACCAGUUCGCAUCGGAAUCAGAUAUGCAUCGAAAACUCAAAUCCUGUCCUGGAGCAUCAUCCACAGCAUCGCUAAUCUGGAAUGCGCGUUAUUCUUGAGCAAGUGGCUCGAACGGGCGAGCUUGGAGAGUGAGUUGUUGGAAGCAGAAGAAAAGGUCUUGAUCCGCAUCAUUGCGCGGAUAUUGAAAGAGACUCCCUUCUUCGAACCUAGUUCAGAUGACUACUGCAGCGCAGGGGUGAUUAAACACAUUGCGUAUUCGGUGCUGCGAUUAUUUACGGAGAUGUUUAAGGAGUCGCAUUUGUUUGAUGCGAUUGGAACGUGUAUAGAGGCGGUUGACCAGUACGCAGCAACUCUAGAAUGUUAA